AUGCUCAAGACACUCGUACUGCUCGCCGUCGGCAUUUCAUGCGUUGCCGCACAAUCGUGCAAUAUCGGCGGCAUCUACAGCUCCAAAUUCAACAAAUGCUAUCAAUUCUUCUCGGCUCCCACUCAAUUCGAGGACGCUGAGGAGCAGUGCAUCUCACUUGGAGGUCAUCUUGUGAGCGUGGUAAACGGCGAAGAGAAUGCUCUUGUGUCGAGCAACGCUGACGUCCAAUUGGUAAAGUCGAACUACACCGAUUACUGGAUUGGCGCCAAUGAUCUCUCCACACCUGGAAAAUGGCAAUGGACCGAUGGUUCGAUUUUCAAUUACAAUUUGUGGGAUGCUGGUGAGCCGAUCGGCGGAGAUUGCGCUUUGAAGAGCAAGGGAUCAUUGAAAUGGAAGACCAAUGACUGCCAAGUGUACUUGCCGUAUGUGUGCGCGACGCCGCCAAUCAUAGCAUCCACGUGCCCACCACAGACGACUCCAAAACCAACCACUUGCCCAACUCCUCCGCCAUGCCCAACCAAGACCUGCGUCCCAUCUUGCGAUCAAGGAUGGACUUACUUCCAGCCGACUGACUUCUGCUAUCAUGUCUACCAUUUGGCCAUGUGGGAUGACGCUGAAGCGGCUUGUGUUCUUCUUGGAGGACAUUUGGCUUCAAUCCAUUCAGAAAUUGAGAACACCUUUGUGAACAACCUCGCCGCUUGCGGAAUCAAAGAGGGAAAGACGAACGAACUAGCAUGGAUCGGAAUGCACAAGGUUGGACAAGACUGGGUGUGGACUGAUGGAACCCGAUCGGAUUACUUCAACUGGGCUCCAAAGCAGCCAGAUAAUCCGGGAAAAGAAAAUUGCGUUGAGACUGCUCCGGACGUCUCCCACGACAAAUGGUAUGAGAACUGGAACAACGAGCCAUGCAACACCAUCAUGCGAGCCUAUGUGUGCAAGAAGGCGUCAUACCAUGUUUGA